AUGGAGUGCUUCACUUAUAAAAAAAGAUAUAAACUGAAGAUCAAAAAACCAAAACAAACAAAUUGAGAAAGAUAUCUCUCCUUAAUUGGAAUACGGAUGGUGCAGGGACAAAAGAAGUAAAGGGGCCCUUGGUAUCUUGCACAGGGCCCAGGCUGUUUGGUAACGCUGUACUUUUAAUGACAUGAUAAGCUUACUCAGUUCCUUGAAAAGAUGACCAGUGAACUCAAGCGUGAGAAAGAAAUGAUCAACACUCCCGCCCCACUGAUCUCUUUAAAGACUCCUCUCCUCUGAGACCCUCUCAGAUUGGAGCUGCUUUAACAGACUCUUAACAGACAUCAGAUCAUCACUAGAGAUGGCAAAUGUUGACAAACUCAUUGAGCACAUAGGAGAUUUUGGGCCUUUCCAGAAGAAGAUUGUCACACUUGGUUCACUUCCGGUGAUACUUUUUGCUUUUGUACUUGUUGGGGUUGUUUUCUUGGGGCACACUCCAGAUCACUGGUGUUGGAGUCCUGAAUCCGAGCGCCUCCAGGAGGAAUGCGGCUGGACGGAGGUCGAGGUGCAGGCAGUCACUGUUCCCAGCUCUGAGCAGUCAGGAUCCUUCAGCCGCUGUCAGAGGUUGGACGUGGACUGGAGCAAAAGUCAAAACAAAUGCAAUGAACUUGACUGGCUGUUGACUUCUAAUGCAACCCGGUUGGUGCCUUGUGACAGUAGAUGGAUGUUUGAUAAAAGCCACAGCACCAUUGUUUCUGAGUUCUCAUUGGUCUGUGAGAAAUCCUGGCUUGCUGAUCUGAAUCAAGUUUUCCUGGCAUGUGGAUUUUUCAUCGGAGCUUUUGUCACUGGCUACCUGGCUGACAGGUUUGGUAGAAAGCCAUGUUUGAUUGUGUCGAUGCUUGGCCUCGGUAUCUCAGGUGUAGGGGUCAUGAUGUCACCUUGGUACUCUGUGCUGCUCAUCUUUAGAUUUCUACAGGGUUUUUUUGGAAAGGGAGCGUGGACGGCCACCUAUGUACUUGUGAUUGAGUUCUUCGGAUCAAACAACAGGAAAUAUGUGUCCAUGGCGAGUCGGACUUUCUACUCAACUGGCAUGGUCAUCCUGCCUGGUCUGGCUUAUUACCUGUCUUCCUGGAGGACUCUGCAGCUGGUCAUGAGUGUGCCCUGCUUUGUGUUUAUCUCAUACCACUGGCUUGUUCCUGAAUCUCCACGUUGGCUGUUUUCACAAAAAAGAACCACAGAAGCCAUGAGUGUUGCUGCGAUCAUUGCAAAAUGCAAUGGGAGGUCUUUACCACAUGAUCUUCCUGAGAUAAUUCUUGUGGAGGAAAAGAAAGAAGUAAAUCCUGUAGCUAUUAUGGAUUUGUUUAGGACACCAAAUAUAAGAAAAAACACACUCAUUUUAACUUACGCCUGGUUUACCAGCACUAUUGUGUUUCAAGGCCUGGUCCUGCGGCUUGGGAUCACAGGCGAUGACCUCUUCUUAAAUUUCUUCAUUUCUGCUGUGGUGGAGCUUCCCACUGGCCUCAUCUUCUACCUGCUGGUAGACAGAGUCGGUCGACGCUCCCUCAUGGCCUUCACCAACUUAACUGGCGGCAUCGCCUGCCUCAUAAUCCCCUUCAUCUCCACGGAUCUUGUCUGGUUGAAAAAGUCGAUUGCAAUCAUUGGGAGGCUUGCUGUUGCCAUUGGAUUUGAGACUGUGAAUUUUGCAAACAUGGAGAUAUAUCCGACACCUCUGAGAAACUUGGGCGUGUCAGCGUGUUCAUCAGCCAGCGACAUCGGAGCAAUUGUAGCACCAUUUUUGCUCUACAGACUGGCCAGUAUCUGGCAGGAGUUGCCUCUUCUUCUUUAUGGUGUGAUGUCGGUGCUGUACAGUGGACUGGUGACAAUGUUGCCCGAGAUGCGUGGAGUAGCACUGCCAGAGACCAUAGAGGAUGUAGAGAAUCUAAGAGGGAGAAAAGACAGGUCAAAGUAUGCAGAGGGAGAUGGCUUGAUUGUACAAUUGACACCGUGAGGUGCUGGAACAUUACUGGAUUAUUUUCUACAUAUGUGCUGUGUUUACAAUACACAUGAUGCCCUACUGUAGUCUACUCAUUAGAUUUACAGCCACCAGUGAAAUGCACUGCUGUGGUUGUUACUGCAGACUUUUGUUACAUUAGAUGAUCUAAGGGGUUUAAAGGUGUUGUCACUAGUGCACUGUGAGAGGAGGCAACAAAGGAAGUGUUUUAAAAUUAUAUGAAAGGUUGCAAAUCUUUGCAGCCUCACACCUCAACAACGCAAAUUUUCAGUGAUGGAAUUAUGCUUAUUUAAGUUAAGAUUGAGGACCUUACAUCACCUUAUGCUUUAUGGAAGUUUGGGUGAUGAAACUUAAAAAUAACAGAUGCUCUUGUAGAAGACUUGUUAACUGAUAAACAUGAGAUUGAAAAGAAUAAGUGCUUGGUGAUAUUUAAUAUAUUCCUUCCUGUGAACCAAUCCCAUGAAAAGACCAAAAUCAAAAACACAUUGUGACUCUGUGGCAUUAUUAUUUUUGAUAAACACAGGCGCUGUAUUUUAUUCUGAGUCAGUCUCACAUAAGUCAUCUUGCCGCUGUUAAUGAAAAUAGUUCCCAACAAAUGCACUAUUUACUCCUGUUGGAGUAAUGUUUACUAACAACUACAGUCCCCAGCUGUUUCAUAGUCAAAAGUGGGAUUUGGCUGAGAGUCACAGAAAGAAUAGAGAAGUCUGAAAGUUUUGAGAAACUGACUAGAGACUGGGUUAUACGAGAAGUGAUUCUAACAUGUUGUCUCACCAUAUUGUAAACCCACAGUGGUUAUAGUGUUUAAGGAGGAGUGAGAGCCAUCAAAGACACACAAUUAUUCACAUGAAAAAUGACGAUUCUAGCCAGAGAGGAGAAGAGAAGAAGCCAGAGAAGAAGCCAAACCCUGGCUUCUUUCUCACCUCUGCACAUAUGGCCAAUCACAGUGUGAAGUGGGUGUGAAUGUUGGAUUGUGGGUUUUGGGGUGGGAAAAUUACAGAAAUACUCAGACACAGACCCCCCCCCUCUAAUCCGAAGUUGGAAAGGUGUCAGGGAAGGGGAUUUCCGAAGCCAUGUGACCAUCCAACAGGCUCCUGAUAUCUGAGGAUGAUACUCGUCGCUUAACACAGUGUUGGUUUUGGUCUUCUCAUGGGAUAAGAAUAACAACUUAUUUUUUAUUCUCAACUGCGAGGCAUAGAAGCAAAAUAUUUUUGUCUUGAGUUUUUGAUUUCUAUCUGCAUGUCUAUUUUCACAAUAACACCACCAAAACUUUUAAUUUGUUUCACUACUACUUCAAAUGUUAUCCAAUCAUCCCCUAAUAGUUUUCCAGAUCUUUUAGGUGUGGCGUAUUUGACAACUGCCACAAAACUCGCUCCUAAAACUUAAACUUAUCAACUCACAGUGAUCCUGCAAAGUAGUAGUAGUAGUAGCAAAUAAACAGAAAUAUGCUGAUGAUUGCACCUGUUUCUCAACUGGAUCAUGUCAGAAAAUGUAAUGUGUUUUUCCUUAAAAGGUGUCUUCUUUGCAUUUUCCAUCAUCCAGACAACAAUACCCUUGGUUGUUCAGGGUGCAGGGUUCAGGGCUGUACUGUAUAUCUAAUUGAAGGUUGGUUUUGUUAUAGGCCUUUGUUCCAUUGUAGGUUUACCCAGAGCAGCCAACAAAAGCUGCCCCACAUACAUAGUGCUGACUGAAUGGGGAGACAUGUAACCAUAAAUUGUGUUGAAAAUCAGUGGUAUGCAUGAGAAGCAGGAUUCCCUCAAGCGUAAAUAUCCAUGUCGCUGCGAAACGGAGGAUGGAAAUCUCUCAUGGUGACUGUGGAAAUGUCUGUGAGACUACUGCACGCUGUCUGCGUCACAUGACCACCUCUGCAGCACAGUUAGAAUAUAUUAUACACACUUAAAUACAUGUAAACAGCUGCACCAGCAAACCCUAGAGAGAAAUCAAAACGUGCAUUUUUGUUGAUGGAAAUGUCUUGAUAACGAAUAAAGAGAAAAU